AUGACAACCGAUGCUCUUAUUGCUGCCGUAGACCAAAUGCACCUAUUUGACCUUGCGUCAUCCACACCAUUACAGAUACCACACAUACUACGGCUUCCAAACGAAAUCAUCGAAAGCAUCAUCAGCGAAGCAUCAAGGAUACAACGACGAGGAGCGCCACAAUUUCUCGGAUGGGCUUAUCCUGAGCAUGAAGCACAACAAUUGAGAUCACUCGCGCUCACAUGUCGGCGUUUCUAUGUUUUGUGCGCACCUUACUUGUGGCGAGAUAAGGAAUUUAUUCUACCAAGAGAAGACGACGAAAAAUUGCAAGGACAAGAAGAUGUCCAAAUGGCCACCGAUAUAUUAUCUCGGCAACAGACAAUUCUAAAACAGCCAUUUGGAUGCUUUGUGCGAUCGCUAUGUCGUGAUUUAUCAAAUGGACCCCACUACAACAUGAACAACUCUCGUCUCAUGGCCCAACUUGUGUGUAACUUACGAGCACUGCGGAUCGAUUUCCACCCAAAGGCACGUGCAGAGCAUUAUGGAUUGUCAUUUUUCAUUGAGCAUUGUCCUCAGCUUAAUGAAUUGUAUCUUGAAAAUUGCCGUGACACAUACAACGAUUUCGAUUCAGUUGUUCGCUGUGGACGUCGCUUGACAUCAUUGACGUUGCUGUGUUGCACCAUCAAGCAGUCGACAUUGAAUGGUAUUGCACAACUAUGCAAGCGCACCCUUCGACGACUUAUGCUACAGCGGGUGCUUAUCGAACCUGGUGAUCCUGAUACGCAUGAUUCACACAACAUGACCAGCGCCACUAUGACUGUCAGCCAUGUACUUCCCAUCCCGAUUCCCUGUUACACACAACUACUACACCAUCAACAGCUUACCCAACUUGCACUCUCGGAUCCUUUAUCGUAUUCAUUCAUCGAGCUCAUUGUGCGUGGUUCACCACAACUAUCAAAGUUGGCUAUCAUUGUACGUGAGACGGAUACUGUUUGUUGUACGCACGCAUUACUACUCCUUGCCGAGCUCAAGGAAUUACAAGUGCUGUCGCUUGCAUUCAGGAACGUUCAUCCACUAUCGACUGCCUACGAAAGAUUACCAUGUCGUGCUAUAUCAGGUGCAUGGCAACACUUUGCUGAUCGCCUUCCACAAUUACGACUUAUUCAUGUCUCAGCAUCACAAUUGUUGCUGCCUGCAGAUUUCUUCACUCGUUUACUUGACGCUCAUCCUCAUCUCUCACACAUCAUGUUCCAUCAUAUUGCAUACGUCAAGAGCAACAAUGAAGUAUUUGGAGGAUACCCAGCUAUCAACAACAAUACACCUUCCAUAACCACUAUCUAUCGCUCUGAACUCGCUAAUGCCAACAAUGGCCUCGAUGCAUGGAAGCACGACCCUGGUUACGAUAAGCGCUUUUUCACCUUUGAGCAAGCAUAUGCUCGUGGUUUCCAAUGCUUCGAUGAAAAUGACCGAGUGUGCUUUGUUAUGGGAUUCGAAGAUUGGCUUAGAUCAGAUUAA